AUGUCCACACAGCAAGCGCCGCUAGCGCUUCCUGAUAUCAUUGUCGUCAAGAAGCUCCAAGUGCGAAUGAUUGUCGGCGUCGAUAACUGGGAACGCGUCCAAGCUCAGCCCGUCACCAUCGAUGCUCGCGUUCACACCGACGUCUCGAUGGCUGGCAAAUCGGAUCAUCUGCCGCAUAGUAUCCAUUACGGUGUCCUCGUCAAGCAACUCGAAGCACACUGCGCCAACCAUCGCUAUCGAAGCCUCGAGGCACUCGCCGAAGGCCUCGCCAAAGUCUGCAUUUUCAUCCUCCAUGCACCCAAAGUCACUUUGAACGUCGAAAAACCACGCUCCCUCCUGCAUGCUGCCUCUGCCGGCGUUCAAAUCGUCCGCACCCCCACCGAUUACAUGCUUGGAGACGUUCACCCCAUCCCCUCCAACGUCGAUCCUGUCCAGCACCUGGACGAGCUCAGACUGUCGCCUUCCUCGACACUCGCUCUAGACGACAAGGUCAUCGUGCGCGAUCUCAUCAUCAACACCAUCGUCGGCGUCAACCCUUGGGAACGAGAGGACAAGCAGAAUGUCAAGCUCAACCUCGUUGUCUAUUCCGGCCUCUCUCGCGCUAAGGAGGCGCACAACUCCACCGCUGGCGUCGUCGAUGUAGUAAACAAGCAGCACAAUUACCGCACAAUCGUGCGCAGCAUUUCCGAGUAUGUGGCAGCCAGCUCGUACAAAACUGUCGAGAGUCUCGCCACUUCGAUCGCAAGAGUCGCCGUCGUUCACAACAAGGUCGAAAAGGUCCGUGUCAGCGUUGACAAGCCAAGCGCUAUCAUGUACGCCGAUAGUGCCGGCGUCGAGGUGGAGCGGACUCGCCAGUUUUUUGAGCAAGAGGCUUUGCAAGAAGAACAGCAGCUCCGUGCACAAAAAUCUUCAAGCGACGUCGCAGAUCCGGCCGGGAUUCCUAUCUCUCCCACGAACGGAUCGACGACACCGCAUUCCGCUUAUGGAGUCAACAAGGCUACCUCUUCCUUCAAGCAAGGCUGGCACGUCGCCGCUAUUGCCCUUGGCUCCAACGUCGGUGACCGAGCGGCCAACAUCGAAGCAGCAGUAGAGGCACUCAGUACAGCCAAAGAUUGCGUCCUCGUCGAUACCAGCUUCCUCUACGAAACUGCGCCUAUGUACUUGCUUGAUCAACCCAAAUUCCUCAACGCCGCGUGUCGCAUCGCUACGAAGCUGAGUCCCCACGACUUGCUCUCCCUUACACAAUACAUCGAGGUCCAACUCGGCCGCGAUAAGACAGGUGUGCCGGACAAAGGACCACGGUCGGUCGACCUUGAUAUUCUGCUCUACGAUCAUCUCGAGAUCAAUGAUGCCCCACGGCUUGUCGUCCCACAUCCAGGCAUCAAGGAGCGCGAGUUCGUCCUCGAGCCCCUCAAAGAUAUCCUGCCCGACUUUGAGCAUCCCACCUAUUCUCGGACAAUGUCGCAGCUCCUCGUUAUGCUACAAAAGGCACCUGACUACGAGCCAAGCGGCAUCCGAAAGGUACUGCCCGUCCCGUCGCCCAGCACGCGGUCGAGCAGUCCAUCCCAUGACACCAAGACGUGGACAUGGGGCUCCAAGACGUUCAUCAUGGGCAUCAUCAACGCCACACCCGACUCGUUCUCGGAUGCCGGCGACAAUCUCGUCGCUGUGGAUGCGGUGACCUCCGCAAGAGCUAUGGCUGAGCAGGGUGCCGACGUCAUUGACGUUGGCGGGAUGAGCACAGCUCCCAAUGCAGGAGAAGUAGACGCAGACGAAGAAACACGGCGUGUCGUAUCGGUCAUCAAAGCCCUUCGCGCUGCAGGGAUCGAGACGCCCAUCUCGGUCGACACUUUCCGAGCCUCUGUCGCACAAGCCGCCCUGUCCGCUGGCGCCGAUAUGAUCAACGACGUCUCGGGAGGCGAGCGUGAGCCGGCCAUCCUCGACGUAGCGAAAAAGUGGAAGUGUCCGUACAUCCUCAUGCAUAUGCGCGGCGAUAGCAAGACCAUGAACGGCCUCGUCACGUACGAAGGCGGCGAUGUCGUAGCCGGCGUGCGCGCAGAGCUCGAGGUGCGUCUCGACCGCGCACUCAGGGCCGGCGUUCGAAGAUGGAACAUCGUCCUCGACCCGGGCAUCGGCUUUGCCAAGGACAGUGCUGGCAAUUUAUCGCUUCUACGCGAUCUAUCGAGGCUCACGCUAGCCGAGUCCGUAGCCAAAUCGACCAAGGGCAGAGGAGUUGCUUACUCGGGCACAGCAACCCCAGCUCUCGAUCGCUCUACACUCGACUUGAUCUCUUCCGGCCUUUCUGCCGCCGCAAAGGGAGGUUCCGAGUCGAUCCAAGAUUCCAUCACCAGGCCCUGCUGCUCGCUCGUCUCUUUUCCGACCUUGGUUGGCGUGUCGCGCAAGAAGUUCCUUGGUAACAUCACGGGCAAGCAGGAUCCGAAAGAGCGUCUCUACGCCACUGCUGCGGCAUGCACUGCUGCUAUCGCGGCUGGUGCCGAUAUUCUCAGGGUACACGAUGUGGAGCAGAUUCGAGAUGUCGCCGUCACAUCCGAUGCCAUCUACCGUCAAUAG